ACCUUUUACAGUUGCAUGCAGGUAGCAAUCAGAUUAGUCCGAACAAAAUGGAAACACAUAGUGCAUUGAGAAAGAAGAAACUUUGAGAAAGAAGAAACUUUACAGGGAAAUCAUUUUCGUUCAUGGUCGCUACUUCUGGUAGGCUACUUCCUUUUUACGGAACUUGUUUAGAGCUUAUUUGAAGAAGGUCGUUCUCAGGACGUGCGAGCUUUCUGUUUGAGCCUACUUCAGCGGGUGUGUUUCGGAAGGCAAGGACACACAUUGGACCAGGAAAGUGCUCAAGACCGAGGGUCAAGAGCACUGUGCGAUCGCAUCACCUGCAGAUGGCAAUUGACAAGAGCAAUGCGUUCGAAUCGCUUUUUAGGACUUAACAUUGGACUCCAAUUCACAGUCAACGAUAUUGAUGUGUAUUAUUUAGAAAUUAGAUCAGCAAAUAAGAAUGUUUUGCAUGCAUGUUAAAUCCAUAGCGUAUGUUUAAUUUUAGUUAAGUAUAUCUUGUAUUUACUUUGAGUUGGUAGACGUUUUUUUUUAAGGAACAAUAUAAUGAAGUUCAACGGGUAUUUAAAAUUUAGAAUUGGUGAGGCGAUGGACCUCAAACCAACAACUGUUUCCCUUCGCCACUCUACAAUGUUCAACAAAACAGCUCCCACUUUGGACCCUUACAUUGUGCUAAAGGUGGACGAGUACAAAAUUGGACAGACGCAUACAAAGCAGAAAACCAACAUGCCAACUUACAACGAAGAGUUCUGCCUCAAUGUCAACGACGGCAAGCAUAUAGAGUUGGCUGUAUUUCAUGAUGCACCCAUAGGGUAUGACGACUUUGUUGCCAACUGGACAGUUCAAUUUGAGGACCUGAUAAAAACCUUGAACACAGAAGAGACUUUUGAAGGAUGGGUGGACCUGGAGCCAGAGGGCAAGGUGUACAUCCUCAUAACACUCAAUGGCUCCUUCAUUGAUGAUGACGCCACGGGGAAGGCGAAGGUGUUCAAGCAGUUCAACAGGAAGAGGCAGGGGGCCGUGAAACGCAAGAUCCACCAGGUCAACGGACACAAGUUCAUGUCCACCUUCCUACGGCAGCCCACCUUCUGCUUCCACUGCAAAGAGUUCAUCUGGGGUAUGUUUGGGAAGCAGGGCUACCAAUGCCAAGUAUGCACCUGUGUGGUUCACAAGCGAUGUCAUCAGUUGGUUGUCACGGUGUGUCCACGCAUGAAGAAGCCUGUCAAAGAGCCGACCACCAACCAAGGCUUCAGUAUCAACGUCCCCCAUAAGUUCAACAUCCACAACUUUAAGGCUCCCACCUUCUGUGACCACUGUGGUUCUCUACUGUGGGGCCUUGUCAGACAGGGUCUACACUGCAAGAUUUGUAAGAUGAACGUGCACAUCCGCUGUAAGGGCAACGUAGCACCGAGCUGUGGGGUCAACAGUGUGGAGCUGGCCAACAAGCUGGCAGAGAUGGGCCUGCAGGCUGGGGGGUUCUCCAAACGCAACUCACUGUCCACUGGAGGGCAGGGCCAGGAGCAGGCCCUCAGUGUGAGGAGGGAGAGUGGAAACCCUGAGCAGCAGACCAGACUGCUGGGCAUCUCUGACUUCACCUUCCUACAGGUGCUGGGAAAGGGCAGCUUUGGCAAGGUGAUGCUGGCUCGGUUGAACAGCAGUGAGCGGGUAUUUGCAGUGAAGGUGCUGAAGAAGGACAUAAUUCUGCAGGACGAUGAUGUUGAGUGCACCAUGACAGAGAAGAGAGUGCUGUCACUGGCCAGCUGCCACCCCUACCUCACUCAGCUCUACUGCUGCUUUCAGACACCGGACCGCCUGUUCUUUGUGAUGGAGUUUGUCAAUGGGGGCGACCUCAUGUUCCACAUCCAGAAGUCCAGGAAGUUUGAGGAGGGCCGCGCUCGCUUCUACACCGCCGAGAUCACCUCUGCACUCAUGUUCCUGCACAGCAAGGGCAUCGUCUACAGGGAUCUGAAGCUGGACAAUGUGCUCCUUGAUAAGGACGGACACUGUAAACUGGCUGAUUUCGGCAUGUGCAAGGAGGGCAUGUUUGAAGGUGUGGCCACGGGCACCUUCUGUGGGACUCCUGACUAUAUCGCCCCAGAGAUCCUUCAGGAGAUGCUGUACGGGCCGUCUGUGGACUGGUGGGCUCUUGGUGUGCUGCUCUACGAGAUGCUGUCUGGCCAUGCCCCCUUUGAGUCGGAGAACGAGGACGACCUGUUUGAGUCCAUCCUGAAUGAGGAGAUCAUCUAUGCAUCCUGGCUGAGUGCUGAUGCAGUAAAUAUCCUGAAAGCUUUCCUGACUAAGAACCCAGCCCGGCGUCUAGGCUGCGUGGCGGCGGAGGGCGGGGAGAACGCUGUGACUAGCCACGCCUUCUUCACUGGAAUUAACUGGGACAAGCUGAACUGCAGGGAGCAGGAGCCGCCCUUCAAACCCCGCAUCAAAACUGCGGAGGACGUGAACAACUUUGACCCAGACUUCACCCAGGAGGAGCCCACCCUGACGCCCAUUGAGGACCUCCUUCCCUCCAUCAACCAGGACGAGUUCCACAACUUCUCCUUCACCUCUCCUGAGCUGCUGGACGACUAGGAGGGCCUGUGUGACACCCCAGCACCCCCAGACUUCUGCUCUACCAACUGAGCCAUACAGGACCACAAUGUGUCUGGCUCUGGCUAGUUCACAGGCACAGUUGACUGGUUGGCACUGCCUUAGCCUGUAUCUCUAAUGUUGAAGGGCAGUUUAGACUCCGCCCUCGUCACUGUGGGAUAUGACUGUCUGGUUCUCUGUGGAGAAAGAGAGAGAAGUUACUCAAUGAGGCCAGAUUUUAAUCAGAUGUUCUGUUUUUCCAUGAUCCUUCCUGUCAUAUUUGGAAAACAUGGGACAGUCCUGACUUAUAACCAUUUUACAUUUUAGUCAUUUAGCAGACGCUCUUAUCCAGAGCGACUUACAGUUAGUGAGUGCAUACAUUUAUUUUCUUCAUAACCUUGUGUAUUAAUGCGUAAUAAUGCUCUUACAGUAUCUGAUUGACUGCAAUGCAAAGCCAUUUUAAUGGCAAUUUGUCCCCUGAUAUGGAAAGAUUAAUUUGCCUACAGGUACUUCAAGAUGAAUAUGUCACUUUUUGAACAAUUGGGAAUUGUGUGUGUCUGUGUGUGUCUUUAUUAACUUGGCAUACCUUUUGUUCAAUGCUGGGAUCAUUAUUCAAGAUAACUGCCUGUGACUCCAGCACAGUCAACACAAAUGAUGGCAGGGAAAAGGGUAACGUAACCAGCACUGGAAAGGUUUCCCAGAACAACUGAGCUGCUCGUUAAUACUGGACUGCAGAGGGGGCUGUGUGAAAUAGUUUCUCAGUGAUGUGAGUCCUUUACGGAGAACACACCCUCAAACACACACACACACACACACACUCACUCAAUCAUUCGAGUAGAUAAAUGUCAGACACUUUCCCCUUCCCUCAAACACAGGGAUGUGGUAUGUGGAGAGAGAGAAGAGAAAGGGAGAGAGGGAGACAUUGUGUCUUACACCUUGUUUUGUCUCUGCUUUUUAAGAAUACAUCUCACCCUGUGCCCUGUCAAAAUGGUACAUUGCUAAAGCUUUGUUCCCUGCAUUUAAGAUUGGUUUAUGAAAGCAUAUGUUUCUAGUGAGAAGUUGUUUUUAUACAUUAUUUUCUGAAGGAAUCUUUUGUCAUUGGUCAACAGUGUGAGAUGAUGCAACAUUUCAUCUGUAUUGACUGAACUGGUGAUUCAGAGCUGUUGUGAAAUUUCAGAAAGUUUUUCUCUGUUGCAUCUGCCUGCACAUAUCAGCACCUGGUGAAGAGUUGGGUAAAUUGAGAAUGUAUAGCAGAUGUCAGACAAGGAAGAAAACCAAUUACAAACAUGCCAAUGGUCAAAACAAAAGCAUAUUUUUUGGAUGAGGUUUAUAUGGAUUAAGGUGUGCUUUAAUAACUGCCAAUACCUAAAUUCUCUUAUUUUUAUUUUAUCCAGUUCUUUGUGAUCACAGUCCUUCAACAGUUAACUUAAUACCAUUUAUUAAUUUCCCCCAGACCCACCCUUUCUCACACACUCACUGAAUUUAUCUGCAAUGAGACAUUCCUUGUUUGUGGGCAGACAGGCUGGGAGACAGGCUGCAGGCUGCCAGCACAGUGAAAGCUCUUUUCAAGGCUGUAAAUCAUGAAGGUAAUGGAAAAUGCUCUCCAAUGUCCAUUGACUUACAGUGCCUUCAGAAAGUAUUCAUACCCCUUGACUUAUUCCACA